AUGAGGAUGCACUUCUCGCUAGGCCCCUUUGUCGGAGUCCUCUUGACUCUCGCCUUUGCGACCAUCGCUGCAAAGGGACACACGGUCAUCGUCUACCCAGGAUGGAGAGAGAACAACCUGCACAGCAACGGGACCGUCGACGAGACCAACGGCGCCGGCGUAGCCAUCAGAUCAAACUCCUCUGAACUCCUAUAUCCAUACGGCAUGCAAUGGAUCUACCCAUGCGGCGGCACAGUAACCAGCACGAACAGGACGAAAUGGCCGCUCAAGGGCGGUGCGAUCUCCUUCCAGCCCGGCUGGUUCCCAGGCCACAAGACGGCGCUCAUCUACCUCAACCUGGGCCUGGGCACGACUCCCCUUAACAUGAGUCUGCCCAUGGUUCCGCCCUUCCAGAUCACCGGCCCAACCGUCGCCCCGUACCCAGGCACCUUCUGUCUGCCCCAGGUCCCACUCCCUGCCAACAUCAGCGUCAACGUAGGCGACAACGCUACCAUCCAGGUCGUCGAGGCUGCCCGUCACGGCGCUGUGCUAUACAACUGCGUCGACAUCACCUUCGCGGAACCAGAGGACGUCGAGCCAGUCACACCCGAAAACUGCUUCAACUCGACCAACAUCACCUCCAGCACCAUCUACGCUAUCCCCGACAAGCCUACCAAUGCAGCUCAUGUCACUGCUGUAUUUACCGCGUUGGGAGUCAUGCCUCUCCUCCUCGCUGGAUACUACUUUAGCAUCAUGCUGUAA